CUCACUUGCCCUGACUAGCCUCAGGAAAAGUUGCUCAAUGUUAAUGUUUGACAAGUAGGAAGAACAGCCUUUGCCAUAUCUCGUCUUGAGACUCAAAGAACCACACUCUUUCAGUUCUCUGUUUUUGAAGGCUGCGUUUGCUGAUGUGUGGCAGAAUUACACAUUCAUAUUGACGGGAGAGAACAAGAUAGAAGACAUGGAGGUGCUGGUGCUGAUCGACUUCGAGGGCACCAUGGCGGAUGAGCUCACAGUGAGGAUGGGGGAUGUGAUCAAAAACGUCACCAAGUCCAAUGAGGAGAACUGGCUGGAAGGGGAGCUGAGAGGAAAGAGAGGCAUCUUCCCCGCUAACUUUGUCAAGGAGGUGCCAGUAUAUCUACAGGGUGACAGCAAAAGGGAACCACGAAGUCUGAGAAAACCAAACACGAUCAAGAAGUCACGGAAAUGUGAAGUGACCUUUGCCUACAACCCCAUGAAUGAGGAUGAACUGGAGCUUUGUGUUGGGGAGACGAUAGAGAUCAUCCGAGAGAUUGAAGAUGGCUGGUGGAUGGGGGUGAAAAAUGGCAAAGUUGGAGCAUUUCCAUCAAAUUUUGUCAAGGAGAUCUUCGUUCCUUCUAAAGACGGCAAACACAAUGAGGGCAAAACAAGACCUAAACUGGCAGACGCUGUGUUUAGCAAAGACACCUCUCAAAGAGCAAGUGUGAGGAACAAAAUGAAAAAAGAAGUGGAAUGUUGCCAAGUUAUGUUUGACUACAAGGCCCUAGCCGACGAUGAGUUGGAUCUGAAGACUGGAGACGUGGUUGUGAUCCUGAGAAAGGAAACAGAAGAUGAAGGCUGGUGGGAGGGGGAGGUAAACGGACGCUGCGGCUUCUUCCCUGAUAACUUCGUCAUGGUUUUACCACCAAUGGACAGUCUGCAAAUCGGGAACUCGAGCCAGCCUCCAGCCCGUACCCUCAGCAAAAAAACCUCAGUGAAGAAGACAGAAAGUCAAGCAAUGGAGAGAGGUGGUCCCGCAAAGGCAAAAGUUCUUUUUACAGAUGAUAAACCAGAGCCGAAGGACUUGAGAAGUAAUCCUCCAACCAAAGUCAAGUUGCCAGCGUUGAACAAGCCUAGCCCACCUCCAGUCAAAGACAAACCCAACAAGAUUUUACCAAAAACCAAUGGUGAUGCAGUGCCUGCCGUACCCAAACAGCCAGAAGAGAAAGAGAAAGAGAGAGAGAAAGAGAAGGAGAAGGAGAAAGAGAAAGACAGUGACCAGUUUGAUGGAUUGGACGUGGAGACUGAAAAGCUAAGCCAUCCCACAGCGAACAGAGCCAAACCACCUCAGAGGAGACCUCCGACAGGCCUGGUCACCACCACACAAGGUACAGAAAAUCUACUGCCAUUGCCUGUCAAGCCUGAUCCUCUUCCGAAGACCCCACCUCCUACAAGACCAGCACCGCCAAAGGUAGUCGUGGAUGGUAAAGCAGUGACCAGUAAAGACCAGCCGACUCUGGAAAACCUUCAGGCAGAGAUCAAGGAGCUGAGGAUGGCUCUGGAUCUGCUCCAGACGCGACAUGAACAAGACAUGCAGGAAGUGAAAGAAGAACUGCAGGAAGAGAGAAGUAAGCGCCUGAUAUUGCAGGAGGAAGUGCACGCGUUGAGGAUGAAACAUUAAACCCACAGUCUGCGGUUGACUCGCUGUCUGGCCCUUUUGGACUGCAGUUUCCUACAAACAUGAACAUUUUUCUGACAGUGUGGAAGUGAGGAGGGAUAUAAUGAACAACUUUUCGCACACUUCCCACUGCAGACGUACAAACAAGGGCUACAAUGGAAAAAAAAAAAAGUAGAAGUUUUGACACAGGAUCAACUUUGUCCUUCACUGAACUGGAGAAACCGGGUCAUUUGAUCCUGCACAGACUGUUAAAUGUGUACUUUAUGAAUGCUGGAAAUCACAACAUUGGUCUAAAAUUAAAAGGUUUGGUUGCCAUUUUAUGUCACAGAAUAAGGGUGUCAGUUCCCUUUUUUAAUAUCAUAACAGGGUGUUGUAUACUUGUAGUUAUAACAUUAAAAUAACUAUGGAUUUAGUAGAAUAUACAAUAUAGGCCAAUGUACAUAGGAGGAACUAUGCCAUGUUUUUUUUUUUUUUUUAUCAUUAUUAUCAUUGUUCAUGUGCAAAGGGCAUUAUUGCCGGAAUGUUUUAAAUACUACUGACAGAAAAAGACUUGCAGGUGCAGAAUGUAAUACUGUAUUAAUCCACUAGGGGGUACUGUAUGUCUGUUGUUCUAUAUAUAAAGAGAAAUGCUCUAACUGUCA